AUGCUGCAAUCAUCAGUAUUGAAGAAGUUCGCGAAACGUCUCAAAGCAGAAGAUACGUACUUCGAGCAAAACAUGCUGCACGAGUCUAAGGUUUAUCUGGAUGUAAAAGAGAAAUAUUUAGUGCUGAAGCAAAAAGCACAAGGACGUGAGAUAGACAGGACAAAGUGGACGCGAAAAGUAAUCUUUGAGCACCUCUCAACACCUCUCCUGGCCACUUGGUUCGUAGGGUUUCAAUUCUACGGACGAUUACGUAAUCAUUCUGCAAAGAUGCUGGCACCGGAUCUCGGUACACUGGCAGUAUGUUCUUUUAUACCCUUCACAUAG